AUGAACUCAGGCGCUAGUAUGAAUAUGGCUGGAUCUCCAACACAGAGACCGGGCACGUUGAGAAAGUCGUCAAUUAAAGGUAAAGCGCCAUUAGGAAGAAUAGACCAACCAGUUAACAAGCCAGUUCAUUCGAAUGCAAAUUCACAGUUUAAGAGGGAAAGAGAAAGCAGAGCGAUUAAUAAGGGUAAUCCACAGUAUAUUGGACAUAGUACGGGAUCAAGUCCCAACACAAGAACAAUUAUAUCUGAAAGCAGUAUUCAUUAUCCGAUUCACAAACUAUCAAUUGAUUUACCAGAAGAAUUAUCAACUGAAUUGAAAACAGAUAUAUAUUCUCAAAUAAAAAUACGGAAAUAUUCUGCUUCAGCAAUUGACCUUACAAGAAGUUAUUUAACAGUUUAUGAAUAUCAAGUGGAUGAUCAUUGGGUAAUUUGGGAUUAUGAAACUGGAUUUGUGCAUUUAACUGGAAUUUGGAAGGCGGCAUUGGUUGCCUUAAAUGCUAAUGGAAGAAAUGCAUUUGGAACUUCCUCCUCGAAUACGAAGGCUGAUAUUGCAAAGCUUUUAGAAUCUUGUCCCAGAAAGUAUCACCCAUAUAUCAAAAGGAAAAGAGGUGGAUUUUUAAAGAUUCAAGGUACUUGGAUGCCUUAUAACUUGUGUCGAUUUUUAGCCAAAAAGUUUUGUUAUUAUAUCAGAUACAAAUUAAUUCCAAUUUUUGGUGAAGAUUUUCCCAGUUAUUGUUUAGCUCCAACUGAUCGUGGUUUUGGGCAAUUAAAGCUUCCACCUGGGGAAUUAGAGGAUGCUAAUAUUGAAUUACCAGCUUUACCAGAUGAAGUCAUGGAUGAAACAUCAAAGGCCGUUAUAAGUAAAGAUAACGGCCGGAAAAGGAAAUUACCUUCUGAUGCUCCGAUUCGUAAUGUCAGACGUAAUAAGUCAGAUACUGAUUUAUUGCCAGUCAGACUGGAGAUUACAGUGAAACAAGAAAAGGAUAAUGUCUUUGGUUCAUCCAAGAGACCAUUUCGUCCUUUACCUCAACCUUCUAAACUGAAUAAUUCUAAGAAUAUGGUGGCGGAACAAGAGUUGAUGGAAUCUCCCAUUAUUAUUAGCAAGGAAGGUAAAAAGGAUGAUGAUAAGGAGUCUAAGGAUUUAUUAUUAAAACAUAUUAGUCCUGAGUGCAAUAAUGCUGAUUUAACUUAUAGUGAGUUAGUUGAUAUUGUAAAUGCCUCCAGAUGUCUACAGUUAUUAAGUAAGACCAGUCCUUCAAAUGAUUAUAAAGCACAGUCAUCCAAGUCUGAUUUAUAUAAUGAUGAGAAUGAUGAUGGCAAGAAUUAUACCAUUACAUCUCAAUAUAAUAAGAGUGGUAUUUCAACCAUAUUAUUUGCGGCAGGAUUAUCAAGAGAGGAAGAUAGCCUUGAUAAUGAAGUCUUAGAGAUUGAAGAUAUCCGGAAUUCCUUAUACAGUGAUCUCAACCUUAGUGCUAGCCCAUCUGAUAAUAGAAGAUCCAGUAUGAAGAUUGAUGACUUAUUAAGCUAA